AUGUCGGACCCAGCGCAUCCCAAGACGCCAACGGGUGAGGAGGCUGCCACCAACAACAAUAAUGCCGCUCCCUCAAAGAACGCCGACAAGAAGCAAGCGAAGCAAAACGAAAAAGAAGCCCGCAAGGCCGCACGCCUGGCGGAGGAGGCUGCCCGCGCAGCUGAGAAAGCGGCGCUUCUGGCGAAGUACGCCGACGUUUUCGGCAUCGCCCCGCUGAUUCAGUCGACGACGUACGGCGCAAAGAAGUAUAGCGACAUCUCUUCCUUAUCGAAAGAGUCCAUUGGCUCGGUGGUGACGAUUCGCGCCCGCGUGGACACAACGCGCAAGAAGGGCAAGCUUGCCUUCAUGGUGCUGCGUGACGGCGUGCACUCCCUCCAGGCUAUGGCCGCCGUCACGGAGGACGUGCCGAAGGAGAUGGUCGACUUCAUUGGUCAGAUCCCGUGCGAGUCGGUGGUGGACGUGGAGGGCACCGUGUGCGGCGUGGAGCAGCCCAUCACGGCCACGUCUCAGCAGGACAUCGAGCUGCGCAUCAGCAGGGCGCACACCAUCAGCGAAUCGCAGCGCGUGCUGCCCUUCACGCUCGAGGACGCCGCACGCCGCGAGGACGCAGAGGGCAUCAAGAUCAACUUCGACACGCGACUUGCGUGCCGCUGGCUCGACCUCCGCACGCCGGCGUCGAACGCCAUCUUCAAGAUGCAGUCGCGCGUCGGGCAGUACUUCCGCCAGUUCCUCAUUGACAAUGACUUUGUAGAGAUUCACUCGCCAAAGAUCAUCGCCGCCGCGAGUGAGGGCGGCGCCAACGUGUUCAAGCUGGGCUACUUCAACCGCACUGCAUAUCUCGCACAGUCCCCGCAGCUGUACAAGCAGAUGGCACUCCAGGGCGACCUGAAGCGCGUCUUUGAGGUGGCGCCAGUCUUCCGUGCAGAGAACAGCAACACCCACCGCCAUCUGACGGAGUUCGUUGGUCUUGAUGUGGAGAUGCGCAUCAACGAGCACUACUAUGAGGUGCUCAACACGGCAGAGGAGCUCUUCUGCUACAUGUUUGCCCACCUCGCUCAGCACAAGGCAGAGCUGGAGGCCAUCUGUAAACAGUACCCAUUCGAGCCGCUAGUAUGGCAGAUGACACCGGAGCGGAUGUCGCAGCUGGGCGUUGGUAUCAUUGAGGAGGGCACAGAGCCGACGGAUGUGUACAAGGCACGCGUACGCAACAACGACAUGCGUAUGCUGCGCAUCAACUACCCGCACUGCAUCGAACUCCUCAACACCGUUCUCGAGGAGAAGUUGGAACCGACAGACGACAUCAACACCACCAACGAAAAGCUUCUGGGCAAACUGGUGAAGGAGCGCUACGGCGUUGACUUCUUCAUCUCUGAUUGGUUUCCGUCGGCUGCGCGACCCUUCUACACAAUGCCAUGCCCCAACGAUGAGCGCUUCACGAACUCGUACGAUAUGUUCAUCCGUGGUGAAGAGAUAUCCAGUGGGGCGCAGCGUAUCCACGAUGCUUCACUGCUGCUGAAGCGCGCGCAGUCACUCGGUGUCGACCUGGCGCCGGUGGCCGACUACGUUGACUCGUUCCGCCUCGGCGCGUGGCCGCACGGCGGCUUUGGCGUCGGACUGGAACGUGUGGUGAUGCUGUACCUUGGCCUGCACAACGUGCGGCUCGUGUCGCUCUUCCCGCGCGACCCGCAACGUGUGACGCCGUGA